AUGCCAGCCAAGCAAUACUAUGCUCGUACACAGCAGAUUCGCAAUGUCCUCGAGACACAUGCUGCCAAGUGGGAGGAGAUACAGAGGAAGAAAGAGGCCGAGGAACGCCGUAAGUUCCCUUUAGAGCAGCGUCUAAAGGAACAUAUAGUUGGCCAAGAAGGUGCUACAACUGCAUCAGCUAUUCGCCGGAAAGAGAAUGGUUGGGCUGAUGAAGAACAUCCACUAGUGUUUCUCUUUCUUGCCUCCUCUGGAAUUGGCAAAACUGAAUUAGCCAAGCAGCUUGCAACAUACCUGCAUCGUGGGAAACCAGGAGGGUUUAUUCGUCUAGAUAUGUCAGAGUAUCAAGAAAAACAUGAGGUUGCAAAGCUAAUUGGUGCUCCACCAGGUUAUAUUGGUCAUGAUGAUGGAGGUCAGCUUACAAAAAGACUUAAACAGUGUCCAAAUGCUGUUGUCCUUUUUGAUGAAGUAGAUAAAGCUCAUCCUGAUGUCCUCACUGUUCUUCUGCAGUUGUUUGAUGAGGGUAGAUUGACAGAUGGGAAAGGAAAAACAAUUGAAUGUAAAAAUGCAGUAUUUGUGAUGACCUCAAAUCUUGCCAGUGAUGAAAUAGCACAACAUGCACUGCAGCUGCGCAGGGAAGCAGAGGAUGUUAUGCAUCAGAGGCUGGAGGGAAAACUUGAUGAGAAGGAAGUUCAGGAAACAAUAACUAUUUCCCGUGGUUUUAAGGAAAAUGUUGUGCAACCAAUUUUAAAAAGACAUUUUCGGAGAUAUCCAAACUUCAUAGAAGCUCUUCUCAGCUGUCAGGAGUGCCUCAGAGAAGUGUGA